GGGGCGGAGCGGGGCGAGGGCUUGCGCGGCGCUUCCCGGCUCCGCGUGUGCCCGCGCGCCCCUGCGCCCCGGGGGCCUGAUCCCGCCCGCCCGCCCGCCUGCUGGCCGCCGCUCGAGAGCCUCGCCGCGGACCGGCGCCUGCGACCCGGAGGACGCGCAGCCAUGGGCCGCCUGCCCGGGAGGGUGGCGGCGCUGCUGCUCGGGCUGCUCGUAGAGUGCACAGAGGCCAAAAAGCAUUGCUGGUAUUUUGAAGGACUCUAUCCAACAUAUUACAUAUGCCGCCCUUAUGAAGACUGCUGUGGCUCCAGGUGCUGUGUGCGGGCCCUCUCCAUUCAGAGGCUGUGGUACUUUUGGUUCCUCCUGAUGAUGGGCGUGCUUUUCUGCUGCGGAGCCGGCUUCUUCAUCCGGAGGCGCAUGUACCCCCCGCCGCUGAUCGAGGAGCCGGCCUUCAACGUGUCCUACACCAGGCAACCCCCGACCCCCGCUCCAGGAGCCCAGCAGCUGGGGCUGCCGUAUUACACCGACCCUGGAGGACCAGGGCUGAACCCUGCUGGGAAUCCCGUGGCGAUGGCUUUCCAGGUUCAACCCAACUCACCCCAGGGAAGCAUGGCCUACCCGCCGCCCCCUUCGUACUGCAACACGCCCCCACCCCCGUAUGAGCAGGUGGUGAAGGCCAAGUAGCCGGGGAGCUGCUUGGCGCCUGGCUGUGCGAUGUGGCCGGGAGGCGCGGAGGAGCUGUCCCCUGCCCUCCCUCCCCGCCAGUGUGCACUUCCAGGAAUGGUCUGAUGAGCCUCGAAGGGCAGAUGCCUCUUUGACGUCUUCAAAGCAAGCACAGCUUCCUUUCAACUUUUCCUUGGAGGACUAAUAUUUGAAUUCACCCUGUGUCUCCUGUUGCUUCUGUUUCCGAUGUAACCUGUGCUCUGGCCGAGGGGACAGUCCCGAGGGGUGACACCCUAGGGGGUCGUCCAGAUCCUCAGGAGAGAGACUGGGGUGGAAGGCGCCUUAGGGCGCGGGCAGGUGGGCGGAUGCACAGCGGCCUGGGGCCCGGCCCCGCGCCCAGCUCGGCCCAAAGGGGGCCCCACGUAGUCAGCCGAGGGACCCCCUUGUCCCGUGAGUCUUCCUCCUCAGAAAGCCGUUCGAGAGCCGGCCGUUGGGGGGGCGGCCUGUGAGCACUGCUGCCUUCCCUCUCGUCCUAAGGACGCCAAGCCCGGGAGAGCCCUGCCCACGGCUCGCAGCUCAAGGAGGUGAGAUGCUCGAAUCAGGCCACGUUGCUGUCUAUGGUGAUCUGAAAGCCACUAGGAAAGUUAUUUAAAUUCAUGAGCGAUUGUGCCCCCCCCCUCCAGGCCAGACAUUGCAUUUUCUGAGCCCUUGGUCUGGCUUGGGGGUCGAGAAUGUUCCUGCUGCACCGAGCCUCUGUGGAAGCCGGCCUGGGGUCCUGUCCUGAGUCGGCCUCCGUCGUCCCCUCGCCCUCCCCCGAGGCCGCUCUGACCAGGGCUUGAGAUGGACACUUUCAGGCCGGGACUGGAAAGCCACCUUAGCCCCUGGACAGAGGCCUCCCAGCCGGCUUAGCCUGCGGUGGGGGGAGACCGGCCAGGGUCCUGGCUGUUGAAUCUCAGCGGGUGGGCCCCAGGGCUCGGAAGAGGAGGAGCUGGCUCAGAAAAAGAACACAGAACCCCAGGACUGCAGAUGCAGCGCCUCAAAAAUACCGAAUAGAUUUCCCCAAAGAAGAGGUUACCUUAGAAUAAAACCAGACGUGGUUGGAAGCAGAAGCCCUGACUCAGAAAGCUCGCUGGCCCUGGGCUCACGGGUUGUCCCGGGUCAUUGGUGGGCCGGAGUCCUCCCCUGCGUAGUUAGUGAUGCCCACAGUUGUGUACCUAAUCUCAGCUUGAGACCUGACAGGUCGCGUAUAGGAGGGCAAAGCAGCGUAGCCAAGACUCGUAGAUGCCUGUCUUUGUGGUAGUGCGACCAGAGGGGGCGGGGCGGGGGGGAGGGUAAUUUUUGAAAUGAACUCAUCAGAGCCCCUUGCAAACUUGUCCGUCAUUGAACUUGAGCAUCAGGACAUCUCACUGGGGUGGAUACUGAACGUCUUCCUUCCCCCAGCCCCAGUCCUGGGGACAUCCCUGGGGAUAGGAGUGGGGAGUCAGGAUGGGGCCACAGUGACUGCCUUUUCUAGGGAUGGGGACCCUGGGAGCCUCCCCUGGGAAUUCCACAGGAAGCUCUUGGAGCCGCGGGAACAGUCCGUGAACACAGAUGCUGCUGCCCGUGCCCUUGACCUCCCCCCCCCCCCGGUGUGACCUCUGAGCUCCUAUCCCCGACUGCAGUACCUGUCCCCUCAAAUCCUCGAUUUCAGUGAGAUGACAAAGCACAACAUUUGCUGUUUACAAUCCAGGACAACUACAUGGGUCUGAAAGUUCCUUUUCCUCCAGGUCAUCCAUUCUGCAUUUUCCAGUCCAGUUUCUCUCCCUUUACUGUUCUGAAGAGGAAGCUCGGAGACCCCCUUGGGGUGGGGGCACUGGACCAGAGGGCAGCUGAGUAGUCACCCACAUGUCCCUGACUGAAUUUCGUUUCUCUUUUUUGAUAGCAAAUGAUCUUAAGCGACUGAAUGAUUUGGGUAGCUCUCAAUUUUAUAUUGACGUUUGUGUGAGAUACAUGGUGUUUUUCCUCGAACCUGGGGGAGAGCCCUCUCCUGGGGGCACUACGCUUCCACUCUCAAUGACCUUCCUGCCCACUCCGUGCUGUUGGCAGAGACCUUGCCCCUGGAGCCAGGCCAGCUCCCGGCGGGUGAAGUCCCGUAGAGUCGGGGGCGAGGAGAGUGACCUGGGAGCAGGAUCCCUGCAUGUUCUUCCUCUGCAGACAUGUGGCUCAUUUCUCUUUUUUGUUCUUUUGAUAGGACCCCGUUUCCUAUGUAUGCAAAAUAAAGAUAAAUUUGGGCCCGUG